AAACUAUGACGCUUCUCUAUGUUCUCUGAUAAUAUUUUGACAUUUCAUCAAACAAGUCGAAAAAUGUUGAAACCGAAGGCUUUGACGCAAGUUUUGAGCCAGGCGAACACGGGGGGCGUCGAAAACACCUUGUUAUUGAAUCAAGAGGGGGCACUUUUGGCGUACAGCGGCUACGGGGACAGGGACGCGCGCGUGACGGCCGCCAUAGCCAGUAACAUCUGGAGCGCCUACGAGAAGAACGGUCGUAACGCGUUCCGGGAAGAUCACCCCCAGAUGGUUCUCAUGGAGUGUACGGACGGCAGGAUUGCGAUUACGCAGGUCGCGAACUUGCUGCUUUGUCUCUACGCCAAGAAUAACGUGGGGUUCGGGAUGUUGAAGGAGAAGGCCAACGCGUUGGCGCUUUAUUUAGAGAAUCCGUUGAAGCAGGUGGCCACGUCGUAGUUUGUAACUAAUAGGAUUAAAUUUUUUUUUGAUUGCACAAUUUAUUGAUAUAAACAAACGUUUAAUAUACAAAACAUUAGUCUAAA